GUUUCAAAAAUAUUUGUUUAAUUAGAUUUCUAGUGCUUUCAAUUUCUAAUGCGUUUAGUGUUUAUUCAGUCGACUCUUUGGUAUCGAAAACUAGAUUUUCAGGCUUUGGUUGGCUUUUGUAUUUCAUAACGAAUUCAUUGGAUAAUAAGCAUUCAUUCUCUCCUAAAAUUCAAGGAUCUCUUUAAUGCUGUUGUUUUUGAGCGCAAAUAACUUGUCAUAAAAGAAGUGAAAGUCUAACCACUGGUUUGGAUUAGUUUUGUGCGAAACAACUCAUCAUUUAAUUUUGAUAGGAGUUACCCGUCAUUCACUCUGGCUAUGAAUACCACUAAAUAAAUACAGUAAUAUUCUGUGCAAACAUUCGUAUAAUUCCGGGUUAUUCUCAUCUUUUGUUGUAUUUAUUAUUUAAUUAAACAUAUAUUUGGAUAUAAAGUGAAGUCUCAAAGUUGUUGGAAAAUUUAAUGUUAUGUUAAACUUUAAUUAUCAGCUAAAAGUUUGAAUUGGCUUUUGUGUGUUGAAUACGCUCUCCAAUUGGCAAUACUUAUAACAACUUUUAUCAUAAAUUGAUAAUUAUUAAUAAAUAACAACAUUACAUUUUAUUUAUUUUGAUUGCACUCGUGAUUUCCUGUUUUAAGUAUUAUUUAUAAAUAAAUGUUAAUAUAAUUUGUUUAAUUAUCGAUGCAUUUAAUUCAAUACUUAAUAUUUAAUAUAAAAUUCAUGUAAAAAAUUGUUAAACAAAAUAAAAGUUUUUUAAAAAUGACACAAAAUGUUAUACAAAUGGGUGAAGAAAAAAACAAUUCAUUAACGGAAACCAAAUACGGAACCGUUGAAUACGACCCGAGCAGCAGAAGAAGUCGAGUCGAAACGUUUAUCCGCCAGAAUGUGUUAGCUUUGGCCACACUAUCGGCUGUUGUCUUAGCGAUUGUCAUCGGAAUAAUCAUCAGAAGUCUUACACAUCAAUGGAGCGAAAGAUCUCUAAUGUAUUUGGAAUUUCCCGGAGAUAUCUUCCUUCGGAUGCUUAAGUGUCUUAUAUUACCGCUAAUUAUAUCGUCUCUCAUCUCAUCGCUCGGAAAUCUGGACACAAAACUUUCGGGUCAUAUCGGGAAGAGAGCUGUUCUCUACUAUUUGGCGACAACUGUUUUAGCAAUCAUUUUGGGCAUAAUCUUGGUGUUAGUGAUAAGACCCGGUUAUAAUAGUUCAGCCGAACGCCACUCUAAUGGCCCUAAGCCUAGAGUUACGACAACUGCCGACACAAUUCUUGAUCUGAUCAGGAAUCUAUUUCCCACAAACUUAGUGGAGGCCUGUUUUGCACAGUACUCGACAACAUUGAUGCCCACAAACAAUGAGACCGACGUUUACAAGUGGAAAAUCAAGGGCUCAUACGGCGGCGGAACAAAUAUUUUGGGUUUAGUUGUCUUCUCAAUAGUGUUGGGAAUCAUAAUCGGAAGAAUGAAAGGCGACGGAAAGCCUUUACUCAACUUCUUCACGAGUCUCAGCGAAGCGACGCUAAACAUCACAAACAUUGUCAUCAAAUUCACUCCAAUAGGAGUCAUGUUUUUAAUAUUACCGCGAAUUGUGUCCGUCGAAGACGUGAGCGCACUCUUACAGAGUGUCGGUCUCUUUGCCCUAACCGUAGCCAUUGGUCUCAUGAUUCAUGGCUUUAUAUUUUUACCGUCCAUUUACUACUUCUUUACGCGCAAAAAUCCGUACAUCUUUUUGGGCAAAAUGACUGAGGCUUUAAUGACCGCCUUUGGAACCGCUUCUUCUGCGGCCACUCUUCCCGUCACUAUCUCUUGUCUCGAAGAAAAUAACAAAAUUGACAGAAAUGUCGUCCGAUUCUGUGUCCCAAUCGGCGCCACAAUCAAUAUGGACGGCACAGCACUAUACGAAGCGGUGGCCGCACUAUUCAUCACACAAUCCAGAGGUCUGGACAUGGAUUUCGCGAAAGUACUAAUUGUGUCCAUUACAGCAACCGCUGCCAGUGUGGGAGCGGCCGGAAUACCACAGGCUGGUUUAAUAACAAUGGUUAUAGUGUUGAACGCUUUGGGACUUCCAGCAGAGGACGUGGCGCUCGUGUAUAUCAUUGACUGGCUUUUGGAUCGAUUACGGACUCCAAUCAAUGUGUUGGGCGACGCUUACGGGUCGGCGAUUGUCGCACAUCUCAGUCGUAACGAAUUGCAAGAAUACACGGAUCGACUCAAUAAAGAGGAUAUCGAUAACGAAAAGAAUAGUAUAUUAACACAACCCUUGCCUUCAUCUCCAUCUCCCUCUUCAUCUGCCGUCUCAUCGCUUAAAAGUAUUAAUAUUAAAGAAAGCAAAGACAGUAUGAGUUAUAAUAACUCGGCGUUCAUUGCGGACACCAAUCAAAAUAACAAUUCAUAAUUUAAUCAAAUCUUUUUUGUUUUAUUAUCAUUUCAGUAAUUAAACUCUAUUUCGAUAUAUAUUAUUAUUAUAUAUAAAUAACACAUAAAUAUGUUAACAAUUUUUAAUUUAAAACAUUUUAUAUUAAAUCCAAAUAAAUCUUAUAUAUUUUGACAAUUUUAA